AACAGAGGAUUACCAAUUCCAAUAAGCCUCCAAGUAUUAACAACACUACGAUUUCUUGGAAGAAAUGCUCAUCAAAGUGACAUUGCGGAUCUGCAUGGUAUGUCUCAGGCCACUGUAGGAAGAAUAAUCAAAAGCAUUCCAAAAAAAAUUGCUUUAUUGCUCCCACACUUUAUCAAAUUUCCAUAUAAUUCUGAACUCGCUGAAGUUAAGAGGAAAUUUUAUCAGUUGGCUGGAUUUCCAAGAGUAAUUGGAGCUAUCGACUGCACGCACGUUCGCAUAAAAUGUCCCGCAAAAAAUGUGGGUCAAGAAAUGGCAGGUCACUUUCUUAACAGAAAAGGUUUUUAUUCCUUGAAUAUUCAGAUCGUAUGCGAUGCAGACUGCAAAAUAAUAGAUAUUGUAGCAAGAUCUAGAGGCUCUAAGCACGAUGCUAGAAUUUGGGGUGAGUGUCAACUCAAAAAUAAGUUAGAGCUCAGUAAAAGGCAACACAAUGGAGUUCUACUGGGGGAUGGUGGUUACCCUUUGUCACCAAUUUUAUUAACACCCGGUUCGAAAUCCCUCUACACCCAAAGAAGAAAAGUACAAUAAAAGUCAAAUCGCAACUAGAAGCAAAAUUGAAUGUUUAAAUGGGCAGUUAAAAUCAAAAUUUCGUUCUAUAUUCGAAAGGCUUCGUGUUGACCUGGAUACUGCAAAAAAUAUUGUAGUUGCUGUACUUCACAAUGUUGCAAAAGAAAGAAAUUUUUCAUUUUCGGCUUCAUUUCCUGCUGAUAUACCAGAAUCACAUAUUUCGAAUUUUGAAACAGCAACGUUUCAAAUCAAACUGAUAACAGAACAAAUUCAGGAAAUGCAUAUAGGACAGCUUUCAUUAAUGCUUAUUUCUAGAGAUUAUUUCGUACUACACAAAGUGGAGUAUUUCAUUAAUUCUGUACUUGUAUUUCUUUUAACUAUUCGUGUUAUUUAUGUAUAUUUAUUAAAAAAAGAAAUCAAUACAUUAAUUAAAUAAAAUACAUAUAUACUAAUAUAUUGUAAUUCAUUAAA